UGAAAACAAACUCAACCAGUGUUGGAGAGAGUACACCCAUUCAAAACAAACAAACGUCAAUAAUACUAGUAUUAUCUUUUGCAUUCGUAAAAAUUUGCGAUUAUUACACGUUUUCUGAAAUAGUGAAAAAGUAUGAUUGCCGGUGGUCACGGUGAUCCGAACCCAAACAGCUCGUGGAUGGAUUCACGCGGGCUGUGGCUGGCGUACGUGUUGGGUAUUAUCAUAUUUCACAUAAUUACCCUGGCGGUGCCAUUUAUUGAUAUUCCUUAUGCCUGGACGAUCACGAACAUUACCCACAAUUUGGCCCAUCUGUAUUUUUUACAUUCGAUUAAGGGUGCCCCUUGGAUGAGUAUAGAUACGGGUGAUUCUCGUAAAUACACGCACUGGGAACAGAUUAAUCAUGGAGAACAAUUUACGACAACCAGGAAAUUUUUAACCGCCGCACCAAUCAUACUAUUUCUGCUCACCUGUCUUUAUACAAGGAAUGAUAUUGAUCAUUUCGUGGCAAAUUUCAUAUCGCUGAUGGUGGUACUGAUUCCAAAAUUACCCCAGCUUCAUGGCGUGCGACUGUUUGGAAUUAAUAAGUACUGAAUUGAACGAAUACUUAAUGCUUAAUGGCACCAUUGAAUUCAGAUUCUCCGUAUCGACUCCGUUUUUAUACCGACAUAAGAAACUAAUGUAAGCAGUACAUAUUUCUUCGUAAUCAAACAGUACUGCAUCACCUGGUUGCGGUGAAUUGAAAUAGCACUCGUUUUAUUUUCAAAUUCAGUUGGUCGACGAUUUAGUAGCUAGAAGCAACAGGUGCGUUGUGUGCACACAGGGAUAGCGUAUUGUUUAACUUUUAUACGAAAAUAAAUAAAAAUCUCAUUGGGAUCUCCUGAUUAAAAAAUAUCAAUAUGGCGAUCAAUGUAGGAAAACAGGUUGAUCGCUGGAAACUGACCAAUUAUCAUCACUAGUUCUGUAUAUGGAACUGUAGCGAAUUUAUGCGAUUAUUAUUCACCUUAUCUUGGCAGUAAAAAACCGUUUGUUGAAGUUUGGUUUUACUCGUGAUACUCUGUUCUUAUGAAACACAAAAUAACAUUUUAGUUUUUCAAAAGAUAUUUUUCCAAGAAACAAUUAUAUAUUUAGCAUGUAAAA